UUUCCUGAACAAGCUGUGUUGGAGAAUCAGGGUUCGGCUUUCUUCAGUGAAUCAGUCAGUUCUUUCUUUUUUUGCAGAAUGAGGUUUUCAGCAUCAUUUUUAUGCUUCCUAAUUGGUCUUUUAGAACUAGGAGAGAUUCACGGUUUGGUGUUAAUGGAAGGUGAGGGGGAGGAACCGGAGGAUAGAGACCUGAGCAAAGCUAUUUUGGAGAUGCUGCACAUAAAUAAACUGUCAGCACCUCAGCAAGCAAAGCCACACCCCUACAUGAAGCAUGUUUACCAGUCCUUGGACACACAGGCAAGAGACUUGAGUGGUUCAGAUGGAACUCUUGUGCAGAGUUUCCGGAGCAUUGAAGAUGCAAAGUACGGCACUGCAGGAUGGAUCUGGUUCAACAUGUCCCAGCUGAGUCCCUUCAUGAGGGUUGCAGAGCUGGUCCUGCUGAGGAAGACUCUUCAUCACAAGCCGCUUAGUGUGACGGUCACAGUACAUAGUCUUUCACCAGGAAGAGAUAAUCUAAGCAUAAGUGGCCCUCUUGUGGAGCACUUAUUGAGUCUGGACCGGGUGCCUCCAACAGGAUAUGAUGUUUUUGACGUGACAGCUGCAAUAACCCAGCCACCGCACCACUCAGAUAUCUUGGGCUUCCAGCUUCGCUUUGGGGAUGAGAGCGGCAGCUUGGUUCUCCACGAAGCCCUCACCCAGAGCCUCUACUGCUUGAAUGGCAGCUCUCUCAGCCAGCCGCUCUUAGUGGUCUACAGGAGCAAAUCAAUGGAGCUACACCAGAGGGCUUCAGGAGUGAGUUCAGAGCACAGGAACAGGCAGAGCUGCAUGGUCAGCUCAGAAUAUGAGAGACAUUUGAGACAUGGGAGGCAUGUAGCUGCAUGCAAGCUGUAUGUACAUCAUGUCAACCUUCAUACGAGCAAGUUGAGUCAAUGGAUACUACAGCCAUCCAGUUUCAACAUAAGUAUUUGUAGAGGUAUCUGUUUGAAAGAAAUGUCUGCCUCAUCCAUUCCUGUUCAGAGACAAAGAAAGCACCACAGAGAAAAUGAUUUACUUCAAAGAUCAAACUGCACUCCUCAAGGGCUGUCAUCUCUGAUUGUGAUGUACAGCAGUGACACCGCGGACAUUAUUAUAAAGGAGCUAAAGGAUAUCAGAGCAGAGAGAUGUGUGUGCCAGCCAAAUGCUCAAUGAAAAGGACUGCAAAAAUCAAACAUUGCCGUUUGUGAAGUAUUUGAGAACAUAUGGUACGUCUCUAAGAUGUCUGCUAAAGAGCGCUUAACAUCUGUUGUGUACAAACAUCUGAUAAACUCUUAGAAAAAGCAGUUUUGCAUAAACUCUAAAUCAUAAACAUCUUAAAAACAUUUUCUAAAUGUUUAUUUAACAUCUGAAAGGAAACAUAAGAGACGUAUUGCAGAUGAGCAAAUAAAAAAAUACAUCUUGCAGAUGUAAAUGCAGACAUCAAAUAGACGUCUCUGUGGCGUACGUGUGCUAUAAGGGUGACAAAAAAGAAGUAUGAGAACCCUUGGAUUUACCAUGAAUUUCUGCAUUGGUCAUAAUAUUUGAUUUGAACAUAGAAAUGCAUGGUCUGCUUAAACAGAUAGCAGUGGUAUAAAUGGUAUAAACAUUGAGAACACAGGAUGCAGCAGCUAUCUCCACCAAAUAUCAUGUCUUAUAAGUUCACAAUGGUCAUUUUCUCUUUACAAAACUGUUUCAAUUCAUCAAUAUUCUUAGGAUGUCUGGUGCAAAACUUGAGCUCAUGCCAAAGCAUCUGGGUUCACAUACUUUUUUUCUGGUAUUUAUGCCUUUGAAAGAGAACAAAGUAUAUUUUGUUUAGCCUGUUUUUUGAGAACUACUUGAUGAGAACAUUGCAGGUGCACUUUUGGCCACAGGAUGUCAUAAUAGAGCAAGAAAACGUUAUUUUCAAUGUUCACUUAUGUUGAAGAUUGUCAUGAGUUUCACAAUAUCUAUGAAUGAGUAAUUAUAAAAACACCAUAUGUUUGCUCAUUUUUUUGGACAGAAAUGCCUUUGGAAACCACCAAUGCUUAUUCAGGACAAUAUCUCAAGAAAGAAUGUGAAACAAACAAUCUGUUCUGGAAUUUCCUUUCACAUUUUUCUGUCAGCAGUUCCGUUGGUUCCAGAUUCAAACACAAAGUUCUAGUCAGUGUAAAUGUUACACUUUAUACUGUAUGUAAACUGUGAGUAGAAGCCUCUUUAUAUUCCAUAAGAUUUUUAUGGUCAUAUAGGCCUACAGAUGAUAUAAUAUAGGCCUAAUAUAAUAUAAAUAUUUUUUAUUUAUCCUUUGUUUAACCAGGAAGAUACAAUUGAGAUCUUCUUCCAGAGAGUCUUGGUCAAGAUGGCAGCACAUAAAGUUUCACAAAAAUGACAAUACUACUACAAAUACAGUCAAUAAAUAAAGUCAGAUCAAGAAAAACAAUUACAGGUCUCUUUUAAAAACA